GCUUCCACGUCCAACCUCCGCUCCACACUGCUUUUUCCUCACUACAAAGCCCAAAUAUCGCACUGUGACCAGUGAAGCUUCAUCAGAUUUUCUUUAUUUGCUGGAAGUGCGAAUAAGUUAUUAUGCUUGCGGCAUAGAGGAAUGAGGACAGAGUUAAGUACGAUGAUUUGGUUACCAAUCUUUCUGUUGCUUUUGAUGGAGAACUGUGGAGGGGCAAAAUCAGCCUCAAACUACUUAAUUGGGCUUGGAAGCUAUGACAUCACAGGGCCAGCAGCUGAUGUCAACAUGAUGGGAUAUGCUAACAUGGAACAGACUGCAUCUGGCGUGCACUUCAGGUUGCGAGCUCGGGCCUUUAUUGUUUCAGAGAGAAAAGGGAAACGAGUCGUGUUUGUUAAUCUGGAUGCUUGUAUGGCAUCACAGCUGGUGACAAUAAAAGUUCUCGAGAGGUUGAAAGCGAGGUAUGGAGAUCUCUACACUGAAAGCAAUGUUGCUAUUAGUGGCAUUCAUACUCAUGCUGGUCCUGGCGGUUAUCUUCAAUACAUUGUUUACAUUGUGACGUCCCUUGGUUUUGUGCGCCAAUCUUUUGAUGCUCUUGUUGAUGGCAUUGAGCAGAGCAUCAUACAGGCUCACAAUAACCUCCGACCUGGAUCAAUAUAUGUGAAUAAAGUGGCUUUUGGAGGAUUUACCUUGCCCAACUUGCUGGUUGUACUGCUUAGCAAGGGUUGUGCCGUCCAGUCACUAGAGAACCCACCUGAAAUAAAACUUUACAAGAAUGUGCUCAUAAUUGUUGUAUUUGGUGUUAAUGAUUAUUUUGGGUUUGUAGUCUCUUUGGUCUUUGCUAUUCUUACCAUCUCAAUAACAGGAGAGCUUUUGGAUGCUGGUGUUAAUCGCAGUCCCAGCGCUUAUCUCAACAACCCAUCUGCAGAACGAAGUAAAUAUAAGUAUGACGUGGAUAAAGAUAUGACCCUCUUGAAGUUUGUCGAUGAUGAAUGGGGACCAAUAGGCAGCUGGAAUUGGUUUGCUACGCAUGGGACUUCUAUGAGCCGUACAAAUUCAUUGAUAAGUGGAGAUAAUAAAGGAGCUGCUGCUCGAUUUAUGGAAGACUGGUUUGAUAAGAAUCAUGGUGGAAGAAACAUUUCAUUCUACAAAUCCAAGCCUGCCAUAAUCCCCAGAAGAGUCUCAAACAUAAUACCGUUUGUUAAAAACAGUCAUCACGAGUUACUAGAACUUGCUGCUUCUUUUAAGUCAUCAUCAGGAAAAUCAACCACUCGGUUUACGAGCAUUGCAACACGUGUAAGAAGUGCCUACCGGCAAGCUGAUAGGCCAAGAUUUGUAUCGGCAUUUUGUCAAACCAACUGUGGUGAUGUCAGUCCCAAUGUGCUGGGUACCUUCUGUUUAGACACAGGCUUACCUUGUGACUUCAAUCAUAGCACAUGUGGUGGAAAGAAUGAGUUAUGCUAUGGCCGAGGACCUGGGUACCCCGAUGAGUUCGAAAGUACACGUAUUCUUGGAGACAGGCAAUUCAGGAAAGCAGUGGAACUUUUCAAUGGAGCAUCUGAAAAGUUAAACGGGGAGAUUGAUUUUCGCCAUACAUAUGUUGAUUUUUCUAAACUUAAUAUAACAAUCCCAAAAGAAAGUGGAGGUACUGAGGUUGUAAAAACAUGUCCUGCAUCAAUGGGGUUUGCAUUCGCAGCCGGUACAACUGAUGGACCUGGGGCUUUUGAUUUCAAGCAGGGGGAUGACAAGGGUAAUCCAUUUUGGAAACUCGUCCGCAACUUGCUUAAAACUCCAAGCAAGGAACAAGUGGACUGUCAACAUCCAAAGCCUAUUCUGCUUGAUACUGGGGAAAUGAAACAACCUUAUGAUUGGGCGCCUUCUAUACUUCCAGUUCAGAUUCUGAGGAUAGGGCAGCUGGUUAUUCUUAGUGUGCCUGGAGAGUUCACCACAAUGGCUGGGAGGCGACUGAGAGAUGCUGUGAAAGAAGCUCUAACGAGUGGAGGUAGCAAAAGGUAUGAUAGCAAUAUUCAUGUGGUCAUAGCUGGCCUGACAAAUACAUACUCACAGUAUGUGACAACAUUUGAAGAGUAUCAGAUACAGAGAUACGAGGGCGCUUCCACUCUGUACGGCCCACACACUCUCAGCGGCUACAUUCAGGAAUUCAAGAAGCUUGCAUCAGCCCUCGUCAGCGGCCAGCCUGUCAAGCCGGGCCCACAACCCCCCGAUCUCUUAGACAAGCAGAUCAGCCUUCUCAGCCCAGUCGUGAUGGAUGCAACUCCAAUCGGCAUAAAUUUCGGUGAUGUCAGCUUAGACGUGCCCAAAAACUCAAUCUUCAAAAGAGGCGAAAAUGUGACCGUCGUUUUCUGGUCAGCCUGCCCAAGGAACGAUCUAAUGACCGAAGGCACGUUUGCAUUGGUGGAGAUUCUCAAAAAGAAGGACACUUGGCUGCCCGUUUAUGAUGACGAUGAUUUUUGCCUUCGGUUUAAGUGGUUGAGACCUUCGAAACUCAGUACCAGGAGCUAUGCAGCGAUCGAGUGGAUAAUACCACGAGAAGCUGAGCUGGGUAUUUACAGAAUUAGGCAUUUUGGUGCUGCGAAGCGGCUUUUGGGGCCAAUUAAGCAUUUUAAAGGUUUGUCGAGUGCUUUUGUGGUGGCAUGACAAAGUUUUACUAACAUGGAUGUGUAGUGUUGGCAUCUUGUGAUAUUUAUAGGGACGAUUGAUCGUCUUUGAUCUGUGUAUAGAAAUUGAAUUCUACGGUCUUUAUGUAACCCCCCAGCUUAGCUAUUUUAAGUUAACACCUAACACACUUGCUAUACGAACCCACGUUUCUGUAUUCAAAAAUGCACUUGCUACUAACUUACCUGGAGAAAUCUUUACUUUACACAUUUGAGAUAAUAUAUCAGAUUUUCAGUUUUAAACUUUAA